UGUUGCCCUGUGAUGGACUGGCAACCUGUCCCAUAGACUGCUGGAGAUAGGUACCAGCUCCCCCGCGACACACUAUGGAAUAAGCGGUAGAAAAUGAUUGACUGACUGACAAAUGUAAGCUAAUCUUAAUCAUUAUAAAGUCUACUGGCUGAUGGCAAGAAGGACUUUAUGGUCAAAUAGAAAACUGCAGUAUGUAUGAAAUUCCUUCCACUUCACAAGUAAUUUAAUACAUUCAACUCUGUACUGUAAUUACUUAUGACAUGACAAAAUGUGGAAAACACAGCCAGCAAAGUAUUGCCAGUGUUUUAGUUAGACUAGCGUUUUUUUUACCUCCUCCAACACCACUGAUUUUUUUUUUUUUCUUCCAUGUGUGGUAUUGUUUUCGUCGAACCCCAGUGGCCAGUAUUUUCAUAUAAAACGCAUCUACACGUGAGCAGGCUGCUGUGGUUGUCAGUCGGGAGCUGUCUGUCUCCUGACCAUCAGUUAGACCCCGCUGAACCCAUCAGCUUUGCCUUGAGGCUGACUCUAAUCUCUCCUUGCUGACUUUAAGGGGAUCCAGCUGCAGUCCAGCAAAAACGGGUUAAACAUGCAAUAGCCUCAAUGUGUCACAACUGACACUGACUUCAUUGAUAACGUAUGGAUCCAGAGAGUCUGACUGCAUUGUUGUCCCCUGUCCCCAUCCCCCUUUUCAGUCACCCAUGUUAAGCAUGAAUGGGAUUAAACUGCCACUUCCAGUUGCUGUGACUCUGCUGCUCGCAAAUACUCCAGAGUCCAGAAACGUGCGCGCACUUCUUAAGGAUUCAUCCAAUCAAUAAAUAACCGGGUUGCUUUUGCAACUGAUUUACACAACCUCCAGAUGAUUUAGCAUGUAUUCUUUUUUUUAUUUCAGUGUCCAAAAUUAGACUUUUUUAAACAUAGACAGCAACAAAAUGUCUGAUUUAAUUAUUUUACUUUCAAAAUGUCCUCCCCGCUCACCCCUACGAGAAAAAAAAAAAGCUUUACACGAAGUCACAUCGUGAUCAUUGGACUUCCCGAACCGACCCGACUCUGUGUACUUACAGUCGGAACACCUCCGAGCCAUUGUGCCGAGAUCAAAGGUAGAUUCUGUGAGGUCACGCUGGGAGAGGGUAGAAAAAAAGGCGUUGGGGCAACAAUUAGGAAAUAUUUUUUGUUUGCACGCAUAGUAGGGGAUGAAGAGGGAAGAGAGAGAGGGACACAGACAUACAGACACUGACACACACAAUACACACACACCGAAAGAGACGAGUCACUCGUCGCUCCGUCCUCACUCUGUGGAUGUCUCCACAUUAUUAUCAUCAUCAUCAUCAUCAUCAUCAUUGUCUCACCGGGGGCUGCUACUGUGUGAUAUUUCGCUACGCACAGCUCCAGUUGCGUCGUGUGACUGCAUAGUCCUGUGCAUGGACAAGGUAUCACAUAUCGCUAAAGACGACAAACUACGCUGCACGUUGAAAACAAAAAUAUUCCCAGCGGUUUGACGUCUUGCAAGGAAAUCGCCUUCUUUUUAUGUUUAUUUAUUCUUUUUUGUUUUUUAUUUUUAUCUUUUGAGCACACGCAGACAAAGGAGAGUUACAGAUGCCAACCAGCAAGCCAGGUAAGGUUCCACAGUAAGACUUCAUUAAUAAGAGCCCUGUUUUAAUGGGAAUUAUUUUGUGAAAGAGAAAUAAUUAAUAUUCCUCUCUCUCGGCAGGAGGUGUGGCACCGUGGCCGUGUCUUGUUUGUUGCGGGAGGUGGAUGGGUCACUUUGCUUCUGAAGAUGUGAGGCAAAAAAAGAAGCCAAGAGUCCGUGCAACUUCAUACGUCACACGUGAUCACCACAGCAACUAAUUGUCGCCUUUAAGUAGAGGACUUUACCUGCGCUCUCGUGGAACUUGGGGAAGGGUGCGCUCCAUGUUUCAUCUAGGACACACCGGUACCGACGAUGCCGACGGGACGUUGAAAUAAUAAUAAUAAUACUUAAAAAAAGAUCAACAACUCAGAGGGGAUUUGAAGCUGCGCGCUGUGGACCGAGUGAUGCCGGACACGUUAACUCUCCUGAAGAACCGGACUGAGCCACGGCUGGGGCAGCUGGAGCGCAGUCUGCCCGCGGAGGGGACCGCCCGUCCCGCCUGGGUCAUCGCUAUCCUGGCCAGUGUCUUGAUCUUCACCACGGUGGUUGAUGUGCUGGGGAACCUGCUAGUCAUCAUCUCUGUGUUCAGGAACCGCAAGCUGAGGAACGCAGAAAAAAAGAGUACUUACCCAACAACCUUUCUUUGGAUCGGGGUCGACAGAUCAGGGACCUGGAGGAAGCAUGCACUAGCCUCCAAGAAGCAAACGGCCUCCUGUCAAACCUUGAUGCACAGCUGAAGUCACCCCCCUUUUCAUCAGUGGAUUACAUAAAAGCUUAACUCAUCCAGUGGCACGCCCUUUCUCCUUGGGCAUCUGGGAUUUGGUAGACGGUAAAACUUAUGUGUGAGUCUGAGUGUCUGAGAGUGAUUCUGAAGUUAAAUCUUGUUUUGGUGAACUGUUCUUGAAGAUGGGGAUGUUAGAUGGGGGGUUUGGUAGACGUCCUCUGUCAUUUUCUUUCAACUAGUUAUUCUCCUGUUUUGUAGCCAGCUAGGGAGCAAAGGCAUUGUAACUUUGUUUUGUUAGAUAAGAAUUGUUUUUAUUUUCAGUCAAAAGGGGGUAUCUUGUUUGUUGUUUGGGCCUUGGAGACCCUGAAGUUUAUUGCUUUAUCUCUGUUUGUUAAGUCCAGUGUGAAACUUGUGAAAAUGCACCUAGUUGCUAGAUUUAUUUUAUACAUUUUGUGUAAAAACCAUGUGCCUCCUAGACUUCCAUUCUAUGGGUUUAAACAAAGAUGCUGAGGCCUUUCUAUAUGGAUUUUGCACAGUCUCCCCCAUGCGUCAAUCUGUUCUUCCAGGUACUCUGGCUUCCUGCCAUGGGCAAAAUAUGCAGGUGAGGUUGCUGAUUUUAAACUGACUUCAGGAGAAUUUUAUCAAAAUAAAAUAACAGUAGUUAAAAAAGAGAAAGAAAUACAGUGAUAAUUCUGUUGCCAAAACUUUGCAAUAUUAAUUACUAGAAAAGCACUCAUAGACUACUCAACACUAAAUUUCAGAAAAUUAAUAACAUGCAAACAUUUCUCUGCCCCAACUCAUUUUGAAUUUCUUUCACAGGUUCUGUCUUGUUGGCUCAGUGUGAGGCAGCAUCAUAGGCUGAAAUCAACACUGCAGAUUGCUCCAGGUCGCCAGAGGAACUGGACGGAGGGACACAGCGCGCUAAUGUCUCUUUGCAGGCAAA